AGCACGUGUUUAUACAACACUUUCAGUAGCUGAGUAUAGCAGUCAGACUUCUUAUUAUGUACUCCGUUCUCGUAAUUAAGUUUCCGGGGUUUGUUUUUUUUAACUGUCGUGUUUUUAAGGCAGUUUUGUUAUUUUUUACUUCUCCUCAGGCUCCGCACUCGCCACCUAAAAGGGUCUUUCGCACCAUUUGGGUUAACCUCGACAGUGACUGUUAGCUUACUGUCUCAUAAAGUUUCUCACAUUGUACAUGAUGUACAAACAUUAUUUGGUGAAACUUUACAUUCCCACCAUCGCAGCACUUGCGUUUCUGCUCACAGUUUUGGGACAUGCUUCACUCUGAUUGUCUGUUUCACACACGCUGUCAAAAUGAGCUCCGAGGAGUGUCCCUUCUGCGGGAAAACAUAUAAAAGAUUAAAGAGUCACCUGCCACAUUGCAAAGCAGCAGCAAACACCCAAACCACCAAAAUCGAACAUCACAUCAAAUCAAAACAGACAACACCAUCUGCUCAGCUGGUGACAGGCAUCUCUGAUGUGAGAGCAAAGGUGAAAAAGUCCUCACAGAUGCUGUCAGUGGAGGCAAAUCCAAAGUCCAAGGAGAGCUCUAAGGUGUCAUCACAGUCAUCCUCCCCAGCAGUGACUGCCAAGAAUGUUAAUGCGUCAUCUCCAUCUCUGAGUUUUUCAUCACUUCCACCAUCAACUAAGAAGAAGAAACAAAAGCUGUCUGAACAAAUCAAGACAGGCAGUGUGCCCUCCUCUAACACCACAGCACCCUCUCUGUCAACAACCAUCUCUAAAAAGAAGAGUCUCCGUGCUCAGAUAGAAGCUGUAAAACAUGACCAAGUUACUAAGCGAUCGCAGGAAGGAACCAGAUCUGCCUCAGAAGAUCUGCUCUCAGAGACAAGAUCCAAAACCCCAGCACAGACCAGGACCAAUGUGAUUCCAGAUGACACCAAACCUAAAGAUGGCUCUAAAAAGAAAAUGUCAAAGACAAAGAAGGCUGCAGCACAGUCUCUUCCCACAGACUCUGACUCCCUGGAUUCUGAAUUGAAUCAAAGUAUUGCGAAACCCUUUGUAAGAGACAACUCCUGGGUGGACAACGCACCGGAAACGGAGGAUUUAAGUGUGAAAAAGAUGUUCUUAGAAUCUGACUGUGAUCAUCAGGCCAGGAUCACAAUCCAGAAUGUUAAAACCAUGUUGAAUCGAGCUAAAACCACCACACAGUCCAGCAGGGCGAGUUUUCUGAGCCAGACUGACCUCAACAAUAACCCUAAAACUAGCUUUGGUCCUGCUCUCAGUCCAGUAACAGCUCCUGUAGAGAAUGAUGUUAGCUGCAUAGUAGCAAAUAAAACGCUGUCAGGGCAGCUGCCAUGCACCCGUUUACAACAGACACAGCUACAGCCAUUUCAAAAAAGUUCCAAGUCUUUAAUCCCUUUGCAACGUGAUGGUUCCUCUCAGCCUAAACUGCCCCUCACUGUACCUCUCCUCCCCUCUGGCCAUACAUCGUCUCAGGUGAGCCAGGCUACAGGUGCAGGCAGCAUGACUGAGGCACUGAAGGUGGGCCAUCGCAUGACAGAUUUCCUCUCACUGUCAACGUCCCCCCUUCACUUUUCCUCUCCUUAUCUUUUCCCUCUUGCUUCACACAAUGCUUUGCAACGGGCAGAGACACUGAGAGCUGAAGACGUGGCCAUACUUGAGGACAGGAAACCAAAAGCUGCUCACAAUCUGACCAAAGAUGCUGUGACGCAGCGGAGUCUCGGGCAGGUCAGACUGAGGGAGUUACCCGAGUGGUUGGUCUGCAGAACACCCAGUCACCCGAGAGAUGUAGUGGAAAUGGUGCACAGAGGCUGGCAGUGGUAUUACAGGAGGUAUAUUGACGUGAAGAAAGGUGGAGUGGGUGGAGUGGCCAUGCUGUUAGCAGGAUACUGUGUGCUCAGCUACGUCUGGAGCUACCCUCAUAUAAAGAGUGAUCGUUGGAGGAAGUAUCACUAAGGACAAGGAAACAACAGCUAAGGCAGUUUGUAUGUAUUAAUACAAAAAAACACUGCACACACUGUUAACUGCUGACAGACUGCAGCUUUAUAUGACUUAUUGACUGAUAAAUAUGAGGAAUUGUUAUGUGUUUCUAUAUCUACAGCUGAAUGUGUUGUAAUUAUUUUGGUAGCCGUUUUAUUCUCAGUUGACUUGGUCCUGAAGGGGGGCAUUUGGAAGCUACUGAAGUUAUUUAAAUCAAAUCUUAACAUGUUUUUAUUUAUUUUCUGUAGUUUGCUAUUUAUAUAUAUAUAUAUAUUUUUCUUUUAGCUUUUUAAUAUGCACAGGAACAUAUUUCAGAUUUUGUGUGUGAGAAAAACCUAUUUUUAUUUCUUAAUUAGUUUUAGUUCAUUAUGCGUUUCAUGCUUUUUUUCAGCCCUGCUGUUUGUCCCAGGAGCUCCACUAGGGGUCACUGUUAAGUUAUGCCUAAAUUAAAAAAGGGAGGAUUGGCCAGUCAAAUUUUGCUAUGCAGAGUUGUUUCUUUUCUUUUUUUUGCUCCUUUGUGUAGAGGCACUGGUGCUGAGGUCCAUGAGAGGAUUCAAGGGAAGCCAAGAGCUUUGAACUUAAUGACAAUCUUUCUGGGAGCCUACCUAUAGAGAAACAUGAAAUCUGAAAUAAACCAAUUUAUGUAUUCAAAAGUGGAUCCAAUUUGUAGAUGUAGAUCUGUUCUUCUUUUAAAAAAAAAAAAAAAAAAAAAAAAACACUUUGCCUGUCACCGUCCCUGAUGUUAUUAUGCAUGCUUUAUCUGCCAGUGCUUCUGUGUGUGAACACUCACAGAAUAGCAAUGACAGGACACUGAAGGAGGCUCUCAGCCGGACUGGACCAGUUUCUUAUUGUAUUCAAAAUGAAUUUAUUGUUGACUCUCCUUUCUGCUGUGGUGAACACACAUGAAGUACAAAUGAAGAAAUGACAGUAUGUUUGUAACCAUUUUUUGUCUGAAGCUGCUUUUUUGCCAACACAAUAAAAAAUUAUUUCCAUUUUCA